CCAUCUAGAUCAUGACAAAUGGAUAAUCAUUGAAGCAGAAAUAGAUACGCAUGAUCUUUGUUGGAGGUAUUCGAGGGGCAUACAUGAGACAAAGGACUCGAAUCUGAGCCUCAUCGUUAUCUGUUCACAGCUUGGGCUUCGGUCGGGAUUCCCCACUAUUUACACGUGCUGAGGCGUAGACAGUUGGCGACAAUUGGCGACGACGCGUUGACUUUCGACAGUCACAAACAACGAGAUUUAUUGUUGCGAUAUAAUUCAUUCAAUCAAGCAAAUAUCAAGAUAUUACCACCAUGUUACCGUCAACCGAUGAUUCCGUCCUCGAGGAUACAAUAGGCGCGCAACUCGACAGCGAAAUAGCCUCACUAAAAGCCCAAGUUCAAACCCUCAAAACCCAGCGCAAGACCCAAUCAACGACCAUCAUAUCCUCACGAACCACCCAAACAAUCCUAUCUCGUCUCCGCGCCUCACAGAAAACAACCUCCACCCGCUCCUCCCAAGAAACAGACAUCUCACCUCUCCUCUCAACCAGCACUGCACAGUUGGCACACAACCAAGAGAACCUCUACCGGUCCUGCGCCGGCAUCACCACAUUCCGUAUCCGCGAUCCCGAUCCAAACGCCGUCGAUGAUGGUAACGUGCUCGGGAUACGCUUCGACGUCUCGACCUCGGGGAAGUUCGUGCGACCGUAUUAUGUUAUGCUGAACAAACCUUGGGCUGGGAAGACAUUGUUGAGGAUCCAUAGACAUACAGUUCCUUCUUGUAUACCACUUGCUUCGCUCGCGGAUCGGUAUCUACCGCAUGGGAAAGGAGCCGCUGCUAUGGGUGAUAAGGAGAGUGGAGCGAAGAGACAGGAUCUGACUAGGUUUGUGCGCGCGUUGAGGAGAGAGAUUGUGGGGUAUCAUAAUAGGGUUUCGGUUAUCAAAGGUCUGAGGAAGGAGUUCAAGCUUGAUGAGAAGGUUUCGAGGAAGGGGAAGGAGAGGGAGAGGGUUAUUGCUGAUAUUAGUGUUGCUGAUGCAGAGGCGAAGCAAGUGAGGAUUGAGUGGGUUGAUGGGAGGAUUGGGAGAGCGGUUGUGGAUGAUAAGGGAGAUGUCAAGAAGUGUGUCGUUAUUGGAGAGGAAGGGAGAGAUAGAGAGGUUGAGAGGCGAGUCUGUGCUGGUGGGAUGGAAGGUAUUGGAGAAAGAUUGCGAGAGGGAAUAUAUUGAGAGCUUUGGGUCGGUGUUUGGAGUUUUACGAGUGGAAAGCUUGUUAGGUUCUGGUAGAUACCCUAUGGGACGUGAGGUAUAAUCUGAAUUGGCU